GGCGUCCCUUUUGUUUCACCCUGGGUCAGAUAUAACCAAUGGUGUCUCUGCAACCCGAAACUUCCCAUUUUCAAUUGGUUAAACACAGAAUGAAAGAAGAACCUCUAUCAUAAAACUUCUCAGAACUGAAUCCGACUGCUGAAGUGUUGAGAAACAAAGCAAGCGAGUUGAAGAAUAUACUCCCGAAAUACAAGGUUAGGGAAAGCAAAAGCUCUGUGAAAAAUGAUAGUGGAAAGAUUUACCGAACACAGUGGGGACCUCGAAUGUGGGUUGAUGACAAGCCCCAUGAAUCUGGGUUAUUUCUAUGGGGACUCUCCCGUGUCGAGCGACCAGUCCGGCUCCCCUCAGUCUCACUAUUCCCCCAGUUCUCCAAAUUCUGACUCGGAAUCUGCGAGCAGCUGGAGCUCCGCCGGAUUCUACACCAAACCAGACGGAGCCACCGAAAACGGUCAGUCCACAAGGGGUGGGGGAAAGCAACAGAACAAAGCGUUCCAGGGAGUUCGUGUGAAAAACCCAGUGAAGGAGCUCCUGAUGAACAAGCGAAGCAACCAGGUAACGCAGAGCCCUCGGCAGGAACACAACCAGAUAACACAGAGCCCUCGGCAGGAACACAACCAGGUGCAGUGGAAUACAGAAGGACCUGAGGAGUUUAAAGAGCUGAAAGCGAUCCUGCGUGAAGGAAAGAGACAUGCAUCACAGAGCGUGUUCGAUGCUUUCAGUUACAAAAGAGUUGCUCCGUUCCAUCUUCUGACACCCCCACAAACACCCACAUCCAUUGAGAACAUGGACAAUGGCCAAUGGAACGAACCCAGAAGCUCCGAAGCAAACCCUAACAUCCUGAACAUCAUCCAAAUGGUCAAUGACAGUGCCGCUCAGGUUUCCCUGACAACAGUGCAGUUUAACGGGGGUAAUCCAUCACAGGACCACCAGAGAGACCAAUAUUAUGAGUCUUAUGGGGGGCAAGUUUCCAUGGAGCCACAGGUUAGCAGCCCACCCCAAGCCAGUGAUCCGGCCCAGAUGUUCCCCUUCUACUCUCCAGCCCAAAUGCAAGAGUUCCCCUAUACUUCACCAUGCCUGGCCAGUGACCAGUCACCUGGUUAUCCAGCAACCCAGCCAGAUAUGCAGUUCAACAUUCCAAGCCAGGUUGGGAACCAAGAAGAGCAGCAGAACACCAUGCCCAGCAUCUUCUCUUCCCCAGCCCCCCGGCUGGACCCUCAGAUCUUCUCUGCACCCGAGCUUCCUUCAAAGUGUCCCCAGAUUCCGCAGGAGCCCGGAGGCAUGUCCUUCUUCCAGUGGCAGAUUGAGCAGGAGGACAGGAAGUUGGCCAACAUCACCCAGGAGCGUCUUAUCUCCAAAGACUCUGAUGGUGACACGUUCCUCCACAUUGCCGUGGCCCAAGGAAGACGAGCGCUGUCCUACGUGCUUGCCAGGAAAAUGGCUUCGUUUGGCAUGUUGGAUGUCAAGGAGCACAAUGGCCAGAGUGCCCUGCAGGUUGCCGUGGCAGCAAACCAGCACCUGAUUGUGCAGGAUCUCCUUAGCCUGGGUGCACAGAUAAACACAGCUGACUGCUGGGGCAGGACACCACUGCAUGUGUGUGCAGAGAAGGGUCACGCACAGGCUAUCCAGGCAAUUCAGAAGGGAGUCCUUGAAAAUGGCCAGCAACUGGAUCUGGAGGCCAUAAAUUAUGAUGGUAUGACAGCGCUGCACCGCGCGGUGGUCUCCCACAAUGCUGGGGUGCAGGAGCUCCAGAAAACCCUGCAGCCCCGUUCUCCACACAUCCAGGGUCUGCUGAUGAAGAACAAGAGGCUGGUGGACUGUAUCAAGACUCUGCUUCAGAUGGGAGCAACCAUUCAUGCUAAGGACAGGAAGAGUGGCCGCACAGCAGUGCAUAUUGCUGCAGAAGAAGCCAACUUGGAACUGCUUCAGCUGUUCUUGGACCAGCCUGACUGCCUCACAAUUGUUAAUACAAAGCUGUAUAAUGGAAACACGGCUCUCCACAUUGCUGCCAGCCUGCAGAACCGUGUGGCUCAGCUGGACGCGGUGCGCCUGCUCAUGAGGAAGGGGGCUGACCCCAGCACGCGGAACCUGGAGAACGAGCAGCCCCAAAACCUGGUGCCGGAUGGGCCUGUGGGGGAGCAGGUCCGGCGCAUUCUGAAGGGGAAAGCAGUGAAGUCACGCGGCUCUCCUUUCUGAGCCACCAGCAUUUCAUCGACAACCACUGUCAGUUAGGCAGUCCAGUUUAUUUGUCCAUAACCAUUUGCCACAGGCAGAUGUGUGUUGUUUCUAUGAAACAAAUGAGCCUUUGUUCACUACAGUGUAGUGUUUGGUGUAUUAAAGCAGAAACACGUUUAAGCGAGGACCCGGUUUGAUCAGCGUGCAAUAACAGUGUUAGUCAAGAUGAUCUGUAUCAGAAUCAGAAAUAGCUUUUUCUGAAAAGUUGUUCCAAACAACUAUCUUGCAUAUGCAAAUUCAUGCCACAUUUCCCUUAUAAAAGGCCAUGGUAAAACCACAGCAUAGAAUUGUAAAGCAUAGUGAAGAAAGAUUAAACAGGAAUGGUAAAACACAGGGAGGCAAAGUAUUUUAUGGCAAACUAAAUGUAUAGUAAAAGCAUUGGAAAAGCAUGCAAAUUUACAAUUGGAAAACUUUUUUGAAGGGUUACAAUUUGCUUCCAUGCCUUACAUUUAUUAUUUGAUUGACACAACUAUGACACACUGAUCAACCGGACUUGCUUUUACUAAGAAUUUUAAUAACAACAGUUAGUUGUGAUAAUGCUGUACAUAUUUAAUACAGAAUCAUUGAACUUACUGUACCUAUGCAGUAGCAAUACAGUAAAGGAAUAAUGUUUAAUGUAAAAUGUUUAAUGAAACAAACUGCCGCACAGUCAUUGCAAUGCCGGCUUGAAUAAACAAACAAGCAAGCCAAUACAGUGCUAUCUAACAGCAGAGAUUUUUAAACAUGUAAGGGACUUCAUCACAGAUGUAAAUAUAUAUUAUUCAUUUUUGUAUGUACCUAUUCAAGAUUUUAAUAGAGAAUUAUAAGGACAUAUUUGUAUUACACAUGGGUGUUAUAGUACAUGAAAAGAAUCUUAAUAGUCUGAGAUUAAAACUGUCGGCUAGUUUCAAAGAGCCAGAUUGGAACUAAUCUUGGAACACCGUACCUAAUGUAACAUUAGGACCAGUGCUAAUCAGGGUCUGUGAAACCAGCCAUAACAGUAUGCCUUGUCUUAAAGAAUGCCUGUGGGUAAACUCGAGUAUCUGAUGUAUGAUUUUUUGACUGCACCCUUCUGAAAAAGCAUCAUAGUUUGGACAACAAGCCUACACCAUGGUACUGAGCAGGACUGAGAUACUGAGCAGUAUGUAAUGAAUCAUUCAGCCUUUUAAUCGGUUUGAUUUCCGUAUUGUUUUGAAAAUUAAUUUUCUGAUUUAAAAGCAUACCGGUAAUUGAUGUGUUUUUAUUAUUAGUGCUAUUGGAUUAUUGUAAGUAGUGUUUGAAUUGUUAGCUUGCAUGUUAAGUGUAUAUGUGUAUUGGUUUUGUGGGGGAUAUUAAAUUGACUUGUAUGAUUUCAAUGUUUUUAUUAAUAUUAUUUAUUCCUUUAAGGUUCUCUAAUUGUUCAUGCGGCACGUGGGAGGAUGUUUUCAUGUAAAACGUAUCCUGGUUUAUUAUAAAUGUAGUUAGUUUUCAAAGUGUCAUUUCAACUGUAGUUUGUUUGCUCAGAGCUCACAUCAAUUGACUAAGUAUGUCUUGUAGACAAUGUUUCUUCAUCCAGGCUUUAUUGUGACAGACAGUCAAUACAAGCCUGUGUGUGUGUUUCUCAUUUUUGUGUUAAUUGUGCAUAAUUCCAAUAAAGACAUUUCAAAACUAA